AUGUACAUGUGUAGCAAUACCGGCCUGUUUGGUUGGGCAGAGCUUAGAAAUCGCACUCGUCUUUGUUUUCAACCCACGCAUAAGCUGUUAAUUAAAAGUGCCAAGUCGGUUGUCGACUGCCCGACUCGCUUUUUCCUCCGCUCACGUCCCCGCCUCUCCCCCUCGAUUUGUCAAUUCCUCCAAACACGUCCAACUGUACAAUACUCGAUUCAACCCCCGUAA